AUGCAUCUGUGGCUGCUGCUGCUCAUCCUGGCUCCUGGAAGAGAACAAUCAGGUUUAGCUCCAAAAGCUUUUAUUCACCUAACUCCUCCAUGGUCUGUGAACUUCGAUGGAGAGAAAGUGACUCUCACAUGCAGGGAUUCCAAUUCUCCAACCAGGGGAGACAUAUCCUGGUAUUAUAAUGACAAUUUGUUGAAAGAAGAAUCUGGAGAAAUUCAAAUUAUGAAGACUGGAUACUACAAAUGCAAGACCAAAGGAUCUUCCCUCAGUGACCCUGUGCAUGUGAGAUUUUCAUCUGACUGGCUGAUUCUCCAGGCUUCCCACCCUGUUUUUGAAGGAGAUUAUGUAUAUCUGAGAUGCCGGGGGAGGAAAGAAGAGGAUAUUAGUGAAAAGAUUUACUACAAAGACGGAGAAGAACUUGGUGGCAAUUAUAAUUUAGACUCCAUCACAAUAAAUUCAGACUCCCUGGACAACAGCAAAUAUCAUUGUACUGCUUCUAGAAGGGGUUUCUGGAGCUCACGGAAAGAAACUUCAAAACCUAUACAGAUCCAAGUUCAAGAGUUGUUUCCACCUCCUGUGCUGACAGCAAGCCCCUCCCAGCCCAUAGAGGGGAGCCCAGUGACCCUGAAAUGUGAGACCUGGCUCCCUCCGGAGAAGUCAUACAUUCAGCUUCAAUUCUGUUUCUUCAGAGAAGAUCAGGCCCUGGGGUCAGGCUGGAGCAGCUCCUCGGGGCUCCAGAUCCCUGCCAUAUGGAGUGAAGACUCAAGGUCUUACUGGUGCCAGGCAGAGACAGUGACUCACAGUACCAUGAAAAGAAGCUUGAAAUCCCAGAUACGUGUACAGAGAGUCCCUGUGUCUGAUGUGAAUCUAGAAAUCCAGCCCCCUGGAGGGAAGCUGAUUGAAGGAGACAAUCUGGUCCUUAUCUGCUCAGUAACCAAGGGGACAGGGACUAUCACGUUCUCCUGGCACAGAGAAGGCACAAUAAGAAUUUUGGAAAAAAAGACCCAGCGUUCCCUGUCAGCAGAGCUCCAAAUACCCACUGUGAAGGAGAGUGAUGCUGGGAGAUACUACUGUGCAGCUGACAACAUUCAUGGCCCCAUCCUCAGUACACUGAUUACCAUCACAGUGAGAAUUCCAGUGUCUCGCCCUGUCCUCACCAUCAGGGCUCCCAGGGCCCAGGCUGUGGUAGGGGAUGUGGUGGAGCUUCGUUGUGAGGCCUGGAGAGGCUCUCCUCCAAUCCUGUACCAGUUUUACCACGAAGAUGCCACCCUGGGAAGCAGCUCAGCCCCCUCUGGAAGAGCAGCAUCCUUCAACCUCUCUCUGACUGCAGACCAUUCUGGAAACUACUCCUGUGAGGCUGACAAUGGCCUGGGAGCCCAACAUAGUGACAAAGUGACUCUCAGCGUCACAGUUCCAGUGUCUCGUCCUGUCCUCACUCUCAACCCUGCUGGCACCCAGCCUGUGGUGGGAGAUGUGUUGGAGCUUCGCUGUGAGGCCAAAAGAGGCUCUCCCCCGAUCCUGUACUGGUUUUAUCAUGACAAUGUCACUCUGGGGAAAAGCUUGGCCCCCUUUGGAGGAGGAGCAUCCUUCAACCUCUUUCUGAUGGCACAGCCUUCUGGGAACUACUUCUGUGGGGCAGACAAUGGCCUGGGGGUGCAAUGCAGUGAGGUGGUGAUGCUCAACUUCACAGUGCCUUCCAGGAGCAAAAUAAUCCUUAUCACUGUGGGAGUCAUCUCAGGGCUGCUAAUUAUCCUUGCCCUUGCUGCUACUGCUGCUCUGGUGUGCAAGUUCAAGACCCAAAGGAAAUCAGGAGGACUUUCUGCCACUGGAAUACCUAGUUACGGUCCCAAUGAGUGUCAGGGGCCUUCCUUGUCCAAGCUUUUCAGGACAGGCACCCAAGAGCCAACUCACUCUGAGCCACCAGUCCUGAUGGAUCUGCAGCCAGUGUACAGCAAUGUGAAUCCUGGAGAUAGUGGCCUGGUUUAUUCUGAGAUCUGGAGCAUCCAGCGUACAAAAGAAAAUUUAGCAAAUUCACCAAGGAUGCAUCAGGAGCAUGAGGGACUCACAGUCAUCUAUUCAGAGUUAAAGAAGUCACAUCCAGAUGACUCUGCAAGUCUGACCAGGAGUAGUGACAGGGCCCAUGAUGAUGAUAGAGAAAACUAUGAGAAUGUUCCAUGUGCAUCAUCGGCCUUGGGCCACUAGCCCUUUACCCUGAGUGACCUCCAAAGCCCUGAAAAGCAGCCUGUGCCAUUCUCCCUGUUUUCUCCAACCAUGCACCCUCUGCUUCCAGGACUCAGCCUCCCAGGAGGCUAGGCUUUAAGGAACGUGAGGCUGUGUGAAAUAUCUGCAGGCCUCCUCUGUCCCUGAGUCUGUUGAUCUCUAGGAGCAGAGUGGGCAGCAUUUGAGUAAAUGCUGCAUUCUUUUCACAGUAGAAAUCCAUGUGAAGGCAGGUGAGCCUUCAGCAUCUGGGCCUAUGGAAUAGAAGAGG